AUGGAUUCCCCAACCGUCAAACCACUGUCCCCUUCCAAGGCGCCUCUCUUGCCUGCCUCGCCGGAACGCAUCAACCAGCGAAAGGUGACGAACUCACCGUCGACGCCUGCUGAUCUUUUGCAUCUCCAGCAAAAGCCAUCGGAUGUCCAGGCCAAGAUCGCUUUCAUCAACAGCCUGUCGCGCGGAAACAGCCCAGAACGGCCGCAGCAACCUCCUCCAUCUUCUUCAAACUCCGCUGCCCUUCAACGAGCAAUACUGGGCCGCGAAGAAGCUGAAUCAGCACUUGCCCGGGCUAAUGCGCAAUUGGCGGAAGCGCAAUCAAGAGAAAAGCGACUAAGCGAAAGACUGGAGUCUCUGCUUGAGGAGCUCCAAGCUACAAAAGAACGCCAGGCUCACGAGCGAUCACUUUUUGAGAAGGAAGUGAGGAAAGCGAGGAAGGAAGCCUUCCGCGCGAGUUCCAACCUGGUUAAAAUUCAGGAAGAGUUGAAGCUUACGAAAGGAGAAGUGAAAUCGCUGAAGGAGGAGGUCCGGUCCGAAAGAGAGGCAAAGGAGAAGGCUAAGCAGGAAGCGUUUGAGUGCGCCUACGCACUUGCCGGUCUCACCGAGGAGCUUCAGGUGCUGAAAGAUCAGCUGCGAUCCUACCAAACGGAUAAUCACUCUGAUGCUCUCGAGGCUCGAGCGAAGGAGAUGGGUGAGAUGCACGAGAACAACGCCAGGGAAUUACCGACCGAACAGGGUGGUGAUUCUACGUCGGCUCCUGCGCCGCGAAGGCCAAAGAGGAGUGCCGAUGAGUCUGAGCUUAGGCAAUCGUCUGCUGGAGUGGACUCCGGCGCUCGCGAUGAAGAAACGCCGUCGAAAAAGAUUAGGUUGUCGCGCCGUACCUCGGAUAAGGAGAACCAAGACCCCGAAGCUGUGGAGCCCGAAGGAGACUUGAUCGAAGAACUCAAAGAAGAGAUAAAGUGGGAACGACGCUUGCGGCAGAAGGCGGAAGACAUGGUCCACUUCUUGAAGAUGGAAUGCCAGUUCAAACGAUGUUCAUGCCGAGUAGCGGAAAGUCAAGGCGUUCAAUAUAUCCACGAUAAGGAAUGGGCCGACCUGCACAGUGAACAACAGCAAGAAGUGCAGCAUACACAUGAACCACAGCCUGUCGUUUCUGAGAACACGUUGACGUCCACACACUCCCCUCUGGGGAGGGCGAGCCCUGCACCUGCAAUGACCCCAUCUACGCCGAAAGAAAGAAGCGGGAACGAGAUAGACAAGGACAUGACUGCACCGGAAGAGCCACUCAUAACCUUCUCCCCGACGACAGGAACCUUCCGCUCUAUCCCAUCUCCGCAACGCGGUAACCAGCAUGCAGUCCACGAGGAGCCUUUGGUUCUUCCGCCCCCCGAACAAGACGCGCCUUCGCAACGGUCACAGUCGCCACUAAACGAUUCGGAAUCAAAAGUUGCAGUUGAUUUCCACGGGUUUCAAGCUCAGUCUGAGAUGGAGAUGGAAGAGCCGGUCCAACCUCCACCAACGACACUAGCUCCUGCUCAGAAUACGGUUGACAGCACACACGUCGGAGCCAACUCCUCGGAAGAAGCACUAAUUACGCCGACAGAGGAGGCGCAUACCGUCGUGGAGCAUCAUAGCAUGAAGAUUCCACUACGACCUGAAGACAACCAGACUCGACAUCCCAAUGACAUAAUACCGGGCACUCCCCUCACGCGGGAAGAGGCACUGGCACAGAUCAGAGAGCGCAGGGGUCGAGCGCGGAGUAUGAUGAAGAGGUCAGCGAGCGCGAGUGAAGCUACGGUCCGUUCUGGCGGUAUGGGGGUGACACCGAUGCGAGGCAGCAAACGGAUCCCGGGGCUGCACCACUCGGACACUCGAAGUGAGCCUGAUGUAGGAGAUCGAAGGGCCAUAAGUGCACCCGUUCGACGAUUUUAG